UAUUAAGAUUUAUUAAAGAGUAGCCUUAAAAGAUAUCUUUACAUACUCAAGAAAUUAUUAUUGAUAACAAUAAUAAUAAAUUAUCGUUCUUGAAGUAAGACCUGCGACAUCCUGCACCUGCAGCGAUGCAACCAGUCGUACGCUAGUCAUGUGACGCAUGACACAGGCGUGUUACCAUCCGGCGAUGCAUCGUACGUUUCCACCGACACGACAUGGCGUCUAUAAUAAAAGGUGCGGCAAACAUUGCACGAUUAUGAUUUAAUGCAACGCGCAAAUCCGACUGACAACAUUCUACCAUUAAGUAUUACUGCAAAUUCUUGUAUCAUACGCGAUCACGUUUUCGCAGACACGGGCGAAGUCUGGAGCAGAUUGUUCGACCAUCGUCCGUUCGUCCAAGGUGAAAUCACGUUCUUCUUGCGAGAAUUUGAGGAAAAAAGGGCUGACAAAGAAAAGAGAGUUGACAGAGAAGUGGAACGUCUCUUUAAAAUACUAGAAUACACGACGGAACUGAAGGACGAGUUGGAUCGUACCGAGCAGCUUGGCGAUUGUCACUUGCCCAGUCUCAAAGCGAACGCGGAUGUCGCGCUGAGUAUGUGCAAUCGCGUUUUGCAAAGAGAAGAAAAUUUCGACAGCGACAGCGUAUUGAGCAAAAACAGAUCGCUCAGGCGGAAGGAAUGGGAAAGAUUUAUAAAUGACAUAAGCGACAAGUGCCAGAAGGUGGAUCAAACUUUUCAGGAGAAGGAAACCGAGAUACGCGAGUUUUACGUUGAUCUGGAGAAGAAGCUACACAUUACGUCAUAAGAUAACACGAUCUUCGCUUCGACACAUACGUUGAUAUUUAAUUGAA